UAGCUAUCCCAGAAUGCAUUGCGCUAUGUCGUCAGUUUUCAUAGUAAAUGGCAGCACGUACACUAGUUCGUUCGUUUAUACUCGCCUUCAACGCUCAUUCUUCGCUUGUGAAAAGGUCAAGUCUGCGUUCUUACGUUCGCGAGCCAGUUCUCGCGAUCGUUUAAUAAAAGCCUGCUAGGGUGUUCGUUCACUUCCGUGGAGAAAUGGCUGAGGCUUCCUUACCGUCCUGCCGGUUUUUCUGCCACCGCUGUUCAGCAGAGAUAAGCCCGCGUUUACCGGACUUCACCUGUCCACGCUGUGAUUCUGGAUUUAUUGAGGAAUUGCCUGAUGAAAGAAGAAGCGACGAUAGCUCCCCAUCUACAUCCUCCGCAACUGAUCAGACACAGACCCCCAGUCAGCCCACCAUGAAUCACCAGCACUUGUUCACUUUUCCUACUGGGUACAGUCCAUUCACUGUGGGAAUUUUCAAUGAAAAUUUUGAACUCAGAACUUGGCUACCCACAGAAGAUAACAGAGACACCGAAAUUCAGCGGGAACAAGAAAUGCCGUCGCAGCAACGAUAUGGUGUGCAGCAACCACGGGGUCGACAUGCGGCUCAGCGACAGGGUACACGCCAUGAAGGAGUUCCCACGUUAGAGGGAAUUAUCCAACAGCUUGUGAAUGGGAUCAUAGCACCAACAGCCAUGCCGAAUAUUGGAAUGGGACCAUGGGGUGUACUUCAUUCUAACCCAAUGGACUAUGCGUGGGGAGCCAAUGGACUGGAUGCCAUCAUAACACAGCUACUCAACCAGUUUGAAAACACGGGUCCUCCUCCAGCGGAUAGAGAAAGGAUAAAGGGUUUGCCCACAGUCUCCAUCACAAAAGAACAUGUGGGCGCAGGUUUAGAGUGUCCCGUGUGCAAAGAAGACUACAGUUUCGAGGAGAGCGUCAGACAGCUGCCAUGCAAUCAUUUGUUUCACAAUGACUGUAUAGUCCCCUGGCUUGAACAGCAUGAUACAUGCCCCGUGUGCAGGAAGAGUCUGAACGGCCAGAACACAGCCACAAACCCACCGGGUUUAUCAGGGAUGAACUUCUCUCCCUCCUCAUCAUCCUCUUCCUCUUCCAACUCACCAAGCAAUGAGAAUGCUUCCAGCAACUCAUAGAUUCUCCCUGUCACCCUUACUUCAUAGCUGGAAACCUCAAGCUCUCAAGGAGUCUUCUCUACAGCGGACACAAGCACAGCUGCUAGUCUUUAUUCUUAUGGACAUGUAAGUUGAGGUGAAUUUCUCUCAGACGUCUUAUUACUAAUCAUUCCUCCACUUUUGCUGACUGUCGGCUGGAUCCUACUCUUGCUACUGUUGCAGUAAUUGAGGACAUUCGCCUACUAAUCGCCCUGACGGAUCCGUGGGAACUGAAACAAUCGUAAAAGUAGGAUCUGCCACAACGUUGGGGACACAUUUUUCUAUUUAAAAGUCAUGCUCUUUUUUAACAUUGCCUGUGGUGGUGCAGAUGUGUAGGUAGGUGUCAAGUUAUCUGAACAACGCUGAGCCAAUGUAAAGGAUAUGGAUCAAAUCUUGUGUAUGCUUCUGACUGAUUUUUUUAUUUAUUUGCACAUUUUGUUUAUAUUUGUUUUUAAUUUUGCACUGUUUGGUAUUUUCAUGAGACAACAGUUUUUUUUUUUCUUUCUUAAGCAUUUCAGUAGUUUGCGUUAUCUUAACAGAUCCAGUGUGUGUGGUGCAAUUUCGGUGGUUGUUGGAUGAAUUUAUGCUGUGUUUUUAAAAUUAUUUUUUUUAAAUCAUGAAUGAGGAAAGGGAAAAAAAAAUCAAAACAUUUGUAUUUAUUGAUCUUAUGCCACCACUAAUAGGGCAUGUAAAACAAACAAACAAAAAAAAAAAAUCAUUGAAUCUUCUUACCUCUGUGAAACUAGCCAAAAGUGUUAAUUGUAUUUUUAUUUAGUGAUUUAAUGUUUUUACAGUCACAAUAAAGUCAUUAAGAAAACAUUUAGCAAGAUUCAUUCAGUUAAAACUCCAGUAACAUAUGUUAGGCUACAUACAGUAAAAGGCUCCUAACUUUUUAGACUGGUAAGUAGUAUUGGCUAUCACCAGUAACUAUAUUUUGGGUGUGGAAAAUCCAGAUUAUGAAAUCUCAAGGUACACCAUAUAUGAUGUAUUGUCCUUUCACUUGUACGAGUUAGGCUUUGUUUUGCCUGGUCCAUAAUAAGAAUGCUAUUCAUCUUAAAAUAACCCUUUUAAUUUUGACAAAUGACACAAUGUGAAAUGCGCCAUAUAGUAUCUAGGUCAUUGUGGCUUUCAGGUGCACAGUUAACGCUUCAAAAAAGAGCCUCACUCCCAAUUGAAGUUUACUCUCAAGCUAAACAUUAAACUCAGAGAAUUGUAUUCCUUUCAGUCCGCGAUCUGAAUUCUAAUGCCAUCUAUGUUGCGGUGCCCUUUAGGCAACGGAUUGAAUGGAAACGGCGUAGCAACAGACAAGUACAAGUACACAGACAGUAUAACAACACUGAGUCAUAUAUAUUUCAUCAUCUGUGAAUAAUUAAUAUUAGUGCCGUACUGAUGGGUUGUGAUGAGUUAACUGUCUCAUCGAACAGUAUAUCCAUCCGUCUGGCUUGUACUGCCCCCAGGUGGCCAAGGUGGGCACACCAGAAUGAGCUCAAUGGUCAUUCAAUUGAUGCAGUGUGACAAAAACGGUUAGUUUUUCAUUCUAUUUAAUUCGGUCAUUACGAUGUUUUUAUUAAAUACAAUAUUAUGGAGUGCAGUUUUUCCUCAUUAAAAUACACAUUGCAACAUUUUUUGUUGUUUUUUGGGGGGUGGGGCUGGAAUGGAUUAAUGACAUUUCCGUUCAUUUCAAUGGGAUAAGAUGAUUAGAGAUACAAGUGUUUUGAGUUAUGAGCGUGGUCACACAAUAAAUUAGUCUAUCUCAAGGCACCACUGUAAUAAGGAUUUUCACUAAAUGUGGUAUUAUGUAAAACCAAUUUGAGGUGCCUUGGAGGCGUGAAGUUCUACAUUCUGUAAUUUAGAAUUUACCACAAAUUAUAAAUUGACAACUAUGUGGACACAAUACUGUAAUGGACAUUGCAUGGUGUUUGUGAUUUCGCAGCUAUAUAUGAGUAAAAUAUAUACAAUGAAUUAUA